AUGAACUUGCAGUGGAGCAGCCCGGCACCCUGCAUCCGCACCGGGAGAGUCGCGCACAAGCGGCUGGACUCAGAUGAUCAGCCGCCGGCUAAAUGCGCCAGGCUGAGCGCAGAGGCGGGGGACACACAGGGACUCCUCGGUACUUCUCCCGGGUCCCCGGUCAGCCCCGUCUCAACCCCUAUCCCGGCAACCCACCAGGGGCCAUCCAGGAUAGGACCGUUUCUGCUUCUACCUCUGGCGGACCGGGAGAGCAUGCACAGCGCGAUGAACACCGACACCGGCGAUGAGCUACUGUGCAAGGUCUUUGAUAUGGGGGUGUACCAGGAAAAGAUCAGAGCCUACGGGAUCCUGCCAGCCCACAAGAAUGUGGCCAGCAUCAGGGACAUCAUCCUCGGUGAGCGUAAGGCCUAUGUGUUCCUGGACAAAGACUUUGGGGACAUGCACACCUUGGUGAAGAGCUGUCGCAGACUGGAUGAGGAGCACACCUGCAGACUCUUCCGUCAGGUGGCUCUGGCUGUGGCACACUGCCACCAGGCUGGCAUCGUGCUGGGUGACCUCAAACUGCGAAAGUUUGUCUUCGCUGAUGAAAAAAGGACACAAGUGAGACUAGAAAGCCUCGAGGACUGUCGUGUACUAGAAGACCCUAACGAUGACUCCAUGUCAGACACCCACGGCUGCCCCGCCUACGUCAGCCCAGAGAUCCUCAGCAGCUCUGCACCUUACUCUGGCAAGAUGGCCGACAUGUGGAGCCUGGGGGUCAUGCUGUACACCAUGCUGGUUGGUCGCUACCCCUUCCAUGACCCAGACCCGGCUACACUGUUUUCCAAAAUCCGCAGAGGCCAGUGCUGUUUGCCAGAGGGCUUGUCGCCCAAGGCCAAGUGUCUGCUCCAGAGCCUGCUGAGGAAAGAACCCUGGGAGAGACUCACAGCGACUGAGCUGUUCACUCACCCGUGGUUCCACCGGCCGCCCUCAUCGCGGGAAGUGGUGCUGGGUGAACAGGAAGUGACUUCGGCGGAACAGAUGGUGCCAUCGUUUGACGUGGAAGAGGAUGAUGAUCUGUUCUGCUGACGGACUCGAUUUAGCUGAGUCUGGCUGAGGGACCAAAACAAAAAUUGCUACGAGGGACUCGUUGUUGUUUUUUACAUUGGCACUUUUUAGAAACCUAUUUGUGUACUGUUGAGUGUACAUACACCCUCAAGCUUUCUAAAAAAACUUACUGUACUGUAUUUUGUUGUUGUAAGUGUGUUACUUGCUAAGGGCAUUGUUCACAAUGAUCGUCAUUGUGUUUCUAUAUGUGCGUUUUUGAAAUGAUUUGGUGCUAAAAGAAAUAGGACUCCGGAUUUGCCAGGUAAUAUUAACAAAAUGAACUCUGCAGGUUUCUUUGACUAUAUCCCAGAACAUUAACCCAUGGCAAACAAUAGUCACCAAUGCUUGCUCUCAGCCUGGACUCACAAGACAACAUUAGAUGAAUCGCGAACGGGAGGCGAGGAGAGCGGGAUGUUGUUCCUCUCACUCUCUGACCAAUCUGGAGGCCUCAACGGCUGACUCACCGAUCGGCUCGAGGAAGGCCUAGUGCAAGCUUGAUGUCUCGCAGCAGGCGGUGUCAUAGAGUGAGAAAGAUGGUUAGCAGAGGACUGAUGUGUCACACUCAGCGGGGACGCUGCAAAGGUGUUUCACUGCCAAUCUGGCAAUGUCUCAGCAAAUGGAGAGCAUUUACAAAUCUCACACCAUGCACAGAAGGUUGAGAAAGGCAGGGUGUUAUUGAUGUAAGACGCACAGAAAAGUGGGCAGAGUUUGUCUCUAAUACACACACACACACACUCAACAAUAAGCAGUGGCACUGGGCUAACACAAGUCUUUGUAUAUGGCUAACAGAGAAAGGUACAUCUCAAAAACGUUCUCAUUUUCAACAGUUAAAACUGAAACAGUUACCUUUUUAAAUCAUGCUCAAAGCUGAAUAUGUCAUAUAAGGGUGGAAGUGUCUGACCCUGCAAAUUUUACUUAAUCUGUUCGGCAAUGCUGUGCGUGCAAUUAGCCACAGCUAAACCUAACACUAAUUCUUCUACUUUAAAAUGAAAUGCUGGAAGGAACUCGGUUUUAAACACUUCACAUGUCUUUGCAGCAACAGAGAUGGUUGAUUCAUACACCUGAAGACGAGCUACAGUAGAACUUACGUGGACAAAUUUUUUUAAAAAUCCACAGAGAAUUCAGAUGGUACUUCCUACUGACUCAAUAUGAAUUAUCUCCCAAUUCAACAAUGCUUGUAUUUUUUAAGAAAUGUCUUAAGGAACCCAUUACAGAAAAAUGAAGACUUUCUCAGUUGAGCAGUUAAACCUGUCUUGUUCAUUUCUGUUGGAACAUUAUGUCAAGCUGUGUUGCUUUAACAAAGCUGAGUUGUGCUGAGUGUUGCGCCCGUAUCACUGUGUUUCAUAAACUGAAUGGCUCUGAAUCAGUCGCAGUCAGGCGAUAUUCGAUGUUGGUUGUCUGAUGAUGACUCAACACUCGAGUGUGUCUGUAGAGAAUGGUCCUGACCUUGGCUGGAAGAAUCUGUUCUGACUGUUUCACCUCUUUAAUGGUACUUUUUUCAUUCUUUCUUUUUAUUUUUUAUUUUACUGGAUGGAGUCAUCAUAGUUAGUGGCAUUAUGUACCACAUCUACCACGUUCUAAAAGAUAUUUUAUCUUGGAUCAUGACAUGCGGAUAUAGCGCUUCAGUGACGUUUAGUCUUACUGUAGGUCUGCAGCCAACUAUUUCAUUCUGGCACAAUUAUUUUGACAACGGUACUAAAUCUGGCAUAUCUGAGAAGCGCUGUACAUUCAAUUUUUGGGUCACACAGUCGGCGAAUAAAACGUCUGUUGCGGAUCUUUAAUUAAUUUCUCUCAUCUCAUCUCAGCUUGAGAUGCCAGAUGGGAAAAGACUUGUGACAAUCUGAAUUGUUCCUCACAGAAAAGUAAUUUAAUAAAUUGAUUUAUGGUUUUGUUUCUAGUACAUACAUGUAGAGUGAGUCACACAUUCAUGUGACAUGUAGAGUAAACUGACACGGGUGCACAAACUUCAUAUUGCACUGUGAAUUAUGUAUUUGUGACACAACCUAUAGACUAUUAUUAGUCCAGACAGGUUACACAAGAGAUAUAUUCAUUGUACAAAAGAUGUAAAUAUGUAUAUUUGAAAUAUGUGUGGAGAUGUGUUGAAUAAAGAUCACAUUUUUUUCAUUAUUUCA